AUGCCUUCUACGUCCCGGCGAACCCGUCACGAAGCCUCUGCAUAUAAGCCUUCUGGUCCAUCAAGAAACCCUACCAACUAUGCUCAGGAUAGAUACACCCGCUCCAAGAAAGUACAAGAAGCUUCUGCCUCAGGCUCUUCUGAUCCACGCAAGCCCGAGUGUGAAGACGACUCGGACGUCCAAAUAGAACAGCUUACAAACUCUAUCACCCGAACCUUAAGCUUAAGUCUGAAGGGCAAGGCUGCUUACGAGUCUUGUUACGAGUUGACGUCAGGGGUUGCAUCUACAGGACCCGAAGUUGAAUCAGAGGAACUCCAAGAAGCCAAUGCGGCAUCUGGUGAUUCCAAAGCAAAGGCCGAAGAAUUAAAGGCUGUUUUGCAGCCUGCGCCUCGUGUAAAAAGAGAUGAUGUAGGUCUCAUCUAG